GCGCACGAGCCAGAAGCGCAGUAGGACACAAAUAGGGUCACAUCCAUGCAUGCAGUAUACAUGCUGCUGUUAUUAAUGCAUAGUUGUGAGGUUUUGCUGGAAGGAGCCGUGGACAUGGGACACUGUUCUGCCAGAGGAGGAGUGAUGAAAGAGGCAGAUGCAGGACAGUCAGGGUUCUUGUCAGGGUUCUUCUCAUAGCUUUCCUGUCAGCACUUUGCCCUUUUGGCUUUACGGCAUGAUUCCAGCAUUAGCUCUUGAGAAGGACAGCUACCCAUGGGAUGUUGGGCGACAAGGUUUAUCCUGCAUCUGAAAGUGUUCUUCACCAUGAUUAUUUUGCUCACCUAUGUGUUCUACUGUCUGACCGGAUCCUGCGAUUUCACGCCGCUUCCGCUGCACGAGCGCAGAGCAACUUUAACGCAAGUUCCUCAGGACCGGAACGCGUCUCUCCAGCGAGGCUUUCCGGCGCGAGUCCCUGAACAAGACGCGAGACCUCUUUCCGGGGACGUUUCCAACCUCUCGGUAUCCGACAGCUUCGGGACUAAAGAGUUUCCUCAGGCCAUCAUUAUCGGUGUGAAGAAGGGCGGCACGCGCGCGCUGCUCGAGUUCCUGCGCGUGCAUCCCGACGUGCGAGCUGUGGGCGCAGAGCCGCACUUCUUCGACAGGUUCUACGAUAAAGGACUCGAGUGGUACAGAAAUCUAAUGCCUCGUACACUGGAGGGACAGAUCACGAUGGAGAAGACCCCCAGCUACUUUGUGACACGAGAAGCCCCUUGUCGUAUCUUCAGCAUGAACCACAACACUAAACUGAUCGUGGUAGUGCGGGAUCCAGUCACUCGGGCUGUCUCUGACUACACACAGACUCUCUCCAAAAACCCAGGGCUUCCCUCCUUCCAGAACCUGGUCUUCAAAAACUCCAGCACGGGCCUGAUUGAUACAUCAUGGAGCGCCGUGCGGAUUGGAAUCUACUCCAAGCACCUGGAGAACUGGCUCCGGUACUUUCCGCUCUCACGCUUGCUGUUCGUGAGCGGGGAGAGGCUUGUAACAGACCCAGCGAGCGAGAUGGCACGAGUGCAGGACUUCCUGGGCUUGAAGAGGCUAGUCACCAACAAGCACUUCUACUUCAACCAGACUAAAGGCUUCCCAUGUUUAAAGAAGCCAGAGGGGAGCAGCAGGCCGAGGUGUCUCGGCAAAUCAAAAGGCAGAGCUCAUCCUCACAUCCCAUCUGAUGUGCUGUACAAGCUCAGGGACUUUUACAGACCCUUCAAUCUGAAGUUUUAUCAGAUGACAGGCCAGGAUUUUGGCUGGGAAUGAAAGUUAUCCAGAGCUCAGUGGUAAAGGCUCCUAGAAUUGCCACUGAUACUGGUGAACCUUUAAGAAGGCCCUUAACUCUCACACACUUCAGGGGGUUGUACAAGAGCAGACUCUGAGCCCUGACCCCCCAAAGCUCAUAAUGGACAAAACGCCAACAAUUUUCCCUUGGGAAUGCUUAACAUAUAAAUAUUAAAGUGCUGGGUGUAGCAGCUGUUUCUUCUUGUUUGAUUCAGUGAUUAUAAUGUCAACACCAUGCCAAAAGCUAUUAAUUUUUUGAAUGUUUAUUAUGACUAUUAAGUUGUUAUUGCAGUACGAGCAUUCAAAAUGGUUGUACUUAGCAUACAGUUGACUUGUAUUAGACACAGGAGACAAGAUGCAGCAGUCUGCUUGCUCUUUUAAGUUAGUUUUUUUUUUUAAAUAAACACUAAAAAUCAAAUCACCCACUCAUCUUUUCAUCUCAGCAGCGAACACCUGAACCAUUUCUCCCCAAAUCUUUAUUUAAAUUCUUUUUUUAAGGACAGAAAGAUGUAACUCGAGCUCUUAUGUGUAGUAGCUUACUAGUUUAUCCUUACUAGUUUAUCCUAAACAUGGAGUCAGUCAGAUUGCAUUCCAGUUUAAGAAUGAAAUUUCAUUGUGUCCAAAGAUUACUGUACAACUCAUGAUGUUUGGAGUGAUCUCUUCAGUAACUGGAUGGUAAUGCUAGCAGAUAAUGCUUUCCCACAUUGUGAAGUGUUGCAACCUGGGAUUGAAAUUGACUAAAUUGGGAUUAUAUGUCAUGAAUCUAAACAGAAUAGCCCAUAAUUUUGAAGUGUUUGUUUGGG